AUGACGUAACCAAAUUUCAAAAGUUAACAGUUCGAACUAUUUAAUUAGAAAAAUAAUUGAGUUGAUAGUAUUAUUCAAAUUAUAAACAAAAGAAGAAAUUUUGAGUCUUGGAUAAGAAUAAUCGCUUGUUAGCAAUUAAUAAAUAAUAAAAAAUAGUUUGAAUAAAGCUUAAAAAGAUUUUAGAAAAACUCAAUAAAGAUCAUAAAUAAGAAAUUUAGAAAAAGAAUAAACUUAAAGAGACUAUUGAACUUUUAAAUUAAGAAUUAGUUGAUAAAUAGAUAUUAAUUUAAUCAAAGCAAAUUAAUUUAGAGAAAGAAAAGAUGUUUAUAAUUUUAGGAAUUAGAAGAUUAAUAUUAAUUAAAAUAGUCUUGGUUGUAUAAUAAAAAGGAAGCUCAUACAUAAUUUUAAUUAAAUUUUAGCUAAAAAAUAAGAAAAAUAAUAUCGAAAUUACAGAGGAUGAAAUGA